CGGUCUCUUCCCCAUCCAUCAAACCCUAGCUCAUUUUGCCUCCGCACCACUACCCUCGCGAACCAGAGAAGGCAAUGGCAGAGAGAGGCGGAGGCGACCGUGGCGGUUUCGGCCGUGGGUUCGGCGGCCGCGGAGGCCGAGGCGACCGCGGAGGCCGUGGCCGCCGCCGCGCGCCGCGCCAGGAGGAAGAGAAGUGGGUCCCCGUCACCAAGCUCGGCCGCCUCGUGAAGGAAGGCAAGAUCCAGUCGCUGGAGCACAUCUACCUCCACUCGCUGCCCAUCAAGGAGUACCAGAUCAUCGACACCCUGGUCGGGCCGUCGCUCAAGGACGAGGUGAUGAAGAUCAUGCCCGUCCAGAAGCAGACCCGGGCCGGCCAGAGGACCCGGUUCAAGGCCUUCGUGGUCGUCGGCGACAACAAUGGCCACGUGGGGCUGGGAGUGAAGUGCAGCAAGGAGGUGGCGACCGCGAUCCGCGGAGCGAUAAUCCUCGCGAAGCUCUCGGUGAUCCCGGUGAGGAGGGGCUACUGGGGGAACAAGAUCGGGAAGCCUCACACCGUGCCGUGCAAGGUCACCGGCAAGUGCGGGUCGGUCACCGUGAGGAUGGUCCCGGCGCCGCGUGGUUCCGGGAUCGUGGCGGCGCGUGUCCCGAAGAAGGUGCUCCAGUUUGCUGGUAUUGAGGACGUGUUCACCUCGUCCAGAGGGUCUACCAAGACUCUCGGAAACUUUGUGAAGGCAACCUUUGACUGUCUUCUGAAGACCUAUGGGUUCCUUACUCCGGAAUUGUGGAGGGAAUUGCCAAUCAGAAAAUCUCCAUUCCAGGAGUUCACAGAUACAUUGGCAAAGCCCACUGGGAAGCCACUCAUUUUGGACGACGCUGAGAGAAUUGAUGCCUGAAGCUAGCAUUUGGGUUGUUAAGAGUCUUUAGUUUUGUUAGUACUUAUAAUUUGUUUAAGAUGUUAUGUUUUUCCUUCUGAGAUACCAUGCUGCUACCCUUUUGGUAUAACUGGGCACUGCUUCAUCUAUUGCUUUUUGUCUUGAUUUUCAUGAGGGUUGAAGACAGAUACUGUGAUAAAUCUUUCAGAGAUUCACAUUAAGUUCUCGUUCAA